AUGCCUUCGCGAAAACCCAGCAAGUAUGGGAACAACAAAUACCGUUCCGGCGCCGCAUCUUCAAAUCCACGUCGAUCUAAGACCGUCGAGUUCUCCUCCCUCCGUUCCACCGAAGCAACUUCUCAAGAUGAGAAAUUCGAGGCCAUUCGGCUGGCUAACAGCAUCGAUGAAUCUCUCGGAUUUGCCCGAUUUGAGGCUGGCGAAGCCAGAGCCGGCUGGCUUAUCAACAUGCGCAGCACCACAAUAGAAGACGCAAACGUACCAGGCGGCCGCGCUGGUGUCGAUUACUAUUUCCUCCAAGACGACGGAGGCAGUUUUAAGGCAACCGUCGAAUAUGAUCCAUACUUUCUCCUUGCGGUCAAGAGGGGCCAUGAGAUGGAAGUGGAGGAAUGGUGCAGGCGCAACUUUGAAGGAUUGAUCAAGAGCUUCAAGAGGUUAGACAAAGAGGACUUGAACCUCCCAAAUCAUCUUCUCGGACACCGGAGGACGUUUAUCAGGUUGAACUUUGCCAAUGUUGGCAAUUUGCUUGAGGUUCGCCGAACGCUUUUACCUCUAGCGGAGAAGAACAAGAAAAAUGCGACUGAUAUGGACGCAUACGCCGAAAUGACUAGUGGAACCACCGGCUUUGACCUGUUUGAUGACGAAAUAAUUAAUGAGCAACGACCUAAUGGCAACAUGCAAGCGAGUGAUUUUAUUGUUGAUAUUCGAGAGUAUGAUGUUCCAUACCAUGUCCGAGUGUGCAUCGACAAGGAUAUUCGAAUCGGAAAGUGGUACAACGUGGAGUCAAGACAAGGCGUCAUAUCUUUGAAAUGCCUAGAAGACCGACUUACGCGUGCCGAUCCCGUCGUUCUGGCCUUCGAUAUUGAGACAACGAAACUGCCUCUCAAAUUCCCGGACGCUCUGAUUGACCAGGUCAUGAUGAUUUCGUACAUGAUCGAUGGCCAGGGAUUUCUUAUCACGAACCGAGAGAUUGUCUCCUCGGACAUCAACGAUUUCGAGUACACGCCUAAGCCAGAGUACUCCGGACCCUUUGUGAUUUUCAACGAACCGAACGAACGAGCCGUUCUAGAGCGGUUCUUUGAGCACAUCAAGCUUGCCAAACCAACUGUUAUUGCCACGUACAACGGUGACUUUUUCGAUUGGCCGUUCGUUGAGACAAGAGCGAGUGUCCAGGGAAUCGACAUGUACACGGAAAUUGGCUUCAGAAAGAAUAGCGAAGACGUCUAUCAAGCCGAUUACUGUGUGCAUAUGGACUGUUUUGCAUGGGUGAAUCGUGACAGUUACCUUCCCCAGGGAAGUCGUGGUUUAAAAGCUGUAACGGUCGCAAAGCUUGGGUAUGAUCCCGAUGAGCUUGACCCCGAAUUGAUGACUCCGUACGCAAGUGAACGGCCUCAAACACUCGCUGAGUACUCUGUUUCCGAUGCCGUUGCGACAUACUAUCUAUACAUGAAAUAUGUGCAUCCUUUCAUCUUCUCCUUAUGUACUGUCAUUCCGCUCAACCCAGACGACACCUUGCGAAAGGGAACGGGGACCCUGUGCGAGAUGCUUCUCAUGGUUCAAGCGUAUCAGGGUGAUAUUAUUCUUCCCAACAAACACAAAAACGCUGCAGAGGCAUUUUACGAUGGUCACCUCCUGGACUCCGAAACCUACGUGGGUGGUCACGUCGAAAGUAUUGAAGCUGGUGUGUUCCGAAGUGACAUCCCUGUCACGUUCACUGUUGACCCAACUGCUAUCGACGAACUCAUCCGCGAUCUUGAUCACGCUCUCAAGUUCAGUAUUGAGGUUGAAGAAAAAAAGUCUAUGGAUGAUGUCACCAACUACGAUGAAGUUAAGGCCCAGAUCUUGGAACGUUUGGUCGACCUGAAGAACAACCCAAGCCGUAACGAGGUACCUUUCAUCUAUCACUUGGAUGUUGCUUCUAUGUAUCCCAACAUCAUGAUUACCAAUCGAUUGCAGCCCGACUCAAUGAUUGAAGAGUCAAAUUGUGCCGCGUGCGAUUUCAACCGGCCUGGCAAGACUUGCGACAGGCGAAUGCCGUGGGCCUGGCGUGGUGAGUUUUUGCCUGCUAAGCGCGAUGAAUACAACAUGAUCCGACGGGCCACUGCAAAUGAGCGUUUCCCUGGGCGGUCCAAAAAUGCUCCCACAAGGGCGUUUAGUGAACUCAGCGUCGAGGAGCAGGCUGAUGUGAUCAGAAAGCGACUACAAGAUUACAGCAAGAAGAUCUACCACAAGAUCCACGACAGUAAAACCAUGGUCCGGGAGGCAAUCAUCUGUCAGAGGGAAAACCCAUUUUACGUUGAUACUGUCCGAAGCUUCCGUGAUCGACGAUAUGAUUUUAAGGGGAAGCAGAAGGUCUGGAAAAACAAAACAGAGGCAUUGCAGUCAUCGGGUGCGUCCGCUGCCGAGAUUGAUGAGGCUAAGAAGAUGAUUGUCCUGUUUGAUUCUCUUCAACUUGCCCACAAGGUCAUUCUGAACAGUUUCUACGGCUAUGUCAUGCGGAAGGGAUCUCGUUGGUAUUCCUUGGAGAUGGCCGGUGUGACCUGUCUCACGGGUGCCCAUAUCAUUCAGAUGGCGCGAGAGCUUGUUGAACGUAUUGGGCGACCCCUGGAACUUGAUACCGAUGGAAUUUGGUGUAUGCUUCCGGGAACAUUCCCUGAAAACUUCUCUUUCACUCUCAAGAAUGGAAAGAAGCUAGGAAUCUCGUACCCUUGUGUCAUGCUCAAUCAUCUUGUCCACGGAAAGUAUACCAACCAUCAAUACCAGUCUUUGACCGACCCAUCAACCUUCAAGUAUGAGACAUACAGCGAGAACUCCAUUUUCUUCGAAGUUGAUGGACCAUACCGAGCCAUGAUUCUGCCAACAUCAAAGGAGGAGGACAAAAAUUUGAAGAAGCGAUACGCUGUGUUUAAUCACGAUGGCUCCUUGGCUGAGCUGAAGGGUUUCGAAGUGAAGCGAAGAGGAGAGCUGAAGUUGAUCAAGAUUUUCCAGACGCAAAUCUUCAAGUUCUUCUUGGAAGGCACAAACCUUGCUGAGACAUAUGCUGCUGUCGCCCGAGUUGCUGAUCGAUGGUUGGAUGUUCUUUACGAGCAUGGAGCCACAUUAGCUGACGAGGAACUCAUUGACCUUAUUUCGGAGAACCGCAGCAUGUCAAAGACAUUAGAAGAAUAUGGAAACCAGAAGUCCUCACCUAUCACCACGGCAAAGCGCCUGGCAGAGUUCCUGGGCGAGCAAAUGGUCAAAGAUAAAGGCUUGAACUGCAAGUACAUUAUCUCCUCGAGACCAAGAAACACUCCUGUCACCGAAAGAGCCGUUCCUGUGGCCAUCUUCUCUGCCGAAGAGAACGUCAAGCGAUACUUCUUGCGAAAAUGGCUCAAAGAAGACCCCGGUGACAUGGAUCCUCGCAAUGUCAUCGAUUGGGACUACUAUCUCGAGCGUCUGGGAUCAGUUGUGCAGAAGCUCAUCACAAUUCCCGCUGCUCUGCAGAAGAUUCGAAACCCUGUGCCUCGGAUUGCUCAUCCCGAAUGGUUACAGCGACGUAUCAAUCAGAAAGAUGACAAGUUCAAGCAGAAGAAGAUGACUGAUUUGUUCACGAAAUCAGAAAAAGCACCUCUUUCAUCGAUUUCAGCGAAUAUUCUGGAACAUCGUGUCCAACAUGUCGGUGAUUUGGACGAAGUACUGGGUAAUUCAACCCAGAAGGUCCAAUCGGCUGAGUCCAAGGUGUCUCAGAAGAGAAAACAUCCAGAGGGGCUUCCCAAAACAUCACUAGAUCCCUUCGCCAGCCUUCCUGCGACCAUGCCAUCUAUUACGGACAAUUACCAGGGCUUCAUUCGAUAUCAAAAGCAGAAAUGGCAGAUCCAGAAGCAGGCUCGAAUUCGUCGGCGCCAAUUGUUUGGCGACCGAUCGAACGCUGCUUCGGAUUCACUGGGUGGCUUCUUCCGCAAUCAAGCACAAAUGCUUUACAUCAGUACCUGGCAGGUUUUGCAGCUGUGCGAAACAGGGCGUCCAGGAGUUGUGCGGGCUUUUGUGCUGAUUGAUCAGAAGGUUCAUGCACUCAACGUCAAGGUUCCGCGACAGUUCUUUGUGAACUUGAAGCGAGAUUCUUUACCCGACAUUGAAGUACCCGACUGUGAGGUCGAGAAGGUUAAUCAUACAUUGCCUAAUGGCCACCCUUCGGUUCACCUCUUCAAAGUGUCUUUGUCAGAAGACACAUUCCUCGAGGAGGCAGAUAAGAUGGACGCCCUGUUCCAACAUUCCAGUAUCGAAGGUGUAUACGAGCGAAAUAUUUCGCCGAGUAUCCGAGCGGUCCUGAAACUCGGUAGCCAUUGUACUUUCGAUGAAGAACAGCGUGGUGUCUUGGGCGAGGGUCUAGAGAAAGGUUUUGACCUUGCGACAUUGCUUCAUACUACCUCAGACCGUCCUUAUCUCAUGGACUCACCUCUGGCAUACCACUAUCUUUACCACGUUGCUUCCGGAGAUAGACAGGUCUUUGCUCUAUUCUCAACAGCGAAAAUUGAGGCACAUAUUGUCAUUCUCAACCGGACAAGGGAUGUUCAGGGCCUGCCGAACGUCGACAAGAUUUACUCCGAACUGCUUUCACGAAAAUUACAAGAUGCAUCCAGCGAUGAAGCGCAGAACGCUUUCCAAUAUCAGGACAAGAUCCAUUUCAAAACCACCCAGGUGAUGACACGGAGAAAGGCUCAUUUGGAGGUUGGUGAUUUGGUAAGAAAGCUUCGAAACGACGAGAGCCAGCCGACCGUUCUGGUCAUCCAGUCCCAGCAAAAGGACCGGUUGUGCCACGAUAUUCCCAUCUUGAAAGAAUACCCAACUCUAUCUGUGAAGCCUGAAGUUUCAGAUAUGGAUCUGCCACCCCUUGGCUGGCAAUCAUUUAUCGCCAGGCGCCUUGUGACCCAUUAUCUGUACCUCUCUGCUUGGGUACAGCACCUGACUCUGCUGGCCCGAUACGGAGAUGUUCCUCUCUGCAAUUUGGAGACCGAUGACCCUCGGUACCUCAUUGAUAUCUCGUACGCCAGACGACUUCAGCAAAACAAUGUUGUUCUGUGGUGGUCAACGGCUCCGCGGCCAGAUCACGCUGGGUAUGAAAAAGACGACGUAACAGGUCCACUGGAGGUCGUCAAUAUGCCGUCUGUGAAUGUACCGAAUGCCUAUGGGACAGUUUGCAUUGAACUAGACGUUCGCAAUCUCGCCAUCAACACAAUUCUCACAUCCUCUAUUGUUAGCGAGAUGGAUGGGGGCGAUACCCUUUUGGCUUCCGGGAAUGGAGAGGAUACCGGUGUGCUAUAUUCCGAGAAAGCCUUUGCAUCUGCAGGUGCGCAUGUUCUGCGAGACAUGGUUAAACACUGGUGGACAGAGGCCUGUGCUGGGAAUAGCAUGGCAGACAUCAUGGUCCAACACUUGAUCCGAUGGGUAGAGAGUCCAGUCUCAUGCCUCUAUGAUCGAUCUCUGCACAACUAUGUUCGGAUGCUCUCACGCAAGUCAUUCCAGAGGCUUAUGGCCGAGUUCCGACGAGUUGGCUCCAACGUUGUCUUUGCCAGCUCUACACGACUUUUACUUCAGACCACCAAGACCGAGGUGGGCAAUGCCUACGCAUACAGCCAAUACGUUUUGAAAUCGAUCCGAGCGAAUCCUUCAUUCCAUUUCAUUGAUCUUGAGAUCAGAGAGUACUGGGACUAUCUUCUGUGGUACGACGAGUACAAUUACGGCGGCAAAGGUUGUCGUGAAGUGGUGGAAGCUGAAAAUCAAGAUCUCGAGACUGUCAUGCAUUGGCAACUCAAUCGAUUCCUGCCGACGCCCAUGCAAACUAUCUUCCACGACUGGGUUGUUGAGUACAUCGAGCUGAUGCAUUCCUUCAAGCGCCCCGAACUCCAAGAUGGCAACGUAGCCUCUACACCUCGAAUGACACAAAUCCCCAUCGGUCAACCCAGCGAGAAGGAGAGUGAAGAGAUCACGGCUAUCCUCGCGGAACGCUUCUCCAAGCCUCUCAAGAAGCAGAUCUCAGGUCUGAUCCGCCGCCAGCGGGACGAGAUGCUACAUCCCGAGUUAGCAUCAGACUAUGCCUUCCCCGUUCUCCCGGGUGUUCUUGUCGAUCCAGCCCAUGAUAAGCGCAACCCAUCACUAGAGCUCGUGAAGCUGCUCAUGCAGGUUCUGAGCCUGUCAAAGAUCACCACGCUCGAGUCACGUCUAUUGCGCCGCGAAUUGCUAGCACUAUUUGAAGUGCGCGAAUUCAGCAACGAAGGUCGAUUCGAGAACCCCAGCACCAACCUGAAACUGACGGAAUUGACCUGUAACGCCUGCUGUCUCAUCCGUGACCUGGAUCUGUGUCGCGACGAGGACGUGCUCCCCGACCCAGGUACCGACAACAAAACCCCCAAGCCUUGGCGCUGCCCGUUCUGUCAGACGGAGUACGACCGGCUUGCACAAGAGGAAAUUCUCAUUGGCCAAGUGCAGGGUCUUGUGGUGGAAUGGCAAACCCAGGAUCUCAAAUGCUCCAAAUGCCAAAAUCUCAAGAUCAGUGAAUUCAUGGAACACUGCUCCUGCAGUGGUACCUGGGCCCCAACGGUCGAUCUCAAAGAGACGAAAAGGAAGUUGGAAGUGCUGCAAAGUGCAGCCAAGUUCCAUCAUCUUCAGCUGCUUGAGAAUGUAGUCGACGAUGUGCUGUCUCAAGUGUAG